AUGUUCAAACGUGAAAUCUCUGCGUCGGGCUGGAAAGCGAUGACCUUCUCGAAUGCAAAUGUGAACGGACCCACUAACGUGCAAUCCACACCCCGGUCGAUGGUGCCGGAACCUGGAGGCCUUUCCUGUCGACGUACAGUCCGUAUCUGUUCAUGCACACCCCCCGGCCGUCUCUUCCGGCUCACCGGAGCACUCGCCGGGGAAAACCCCGCCGGGCCAAAUCCAGGUCAAAGUUUCUUCGAUCGUUGCACGGAAUGUUUCAGCUUGAAUUUGCCGGCAGUGUCUUCCGAAGCUUGCCGGAAGUUCGCCGUGUCGUGCCGCCGGCUGAAUGUCGGGAGGUGUACACGGUUGGCAUGCUCCUGCUACGUCGUCGUCGUCGUCGUCAUCGGUGACCAGCUGAACAUGAACGUCACGAUGCGCCAAACGAUUGCUCGUCGUACUCGACGAAUUUCGGUGUACAAUUGCAGAGUACGCAGAUGCGGCGGACAUGGUCGGCCCAUGGUUCGCUCAUGUCGCCUCUGGAAGCGAUGGAUGACGCAGACCCUAAUUCGAGCGCGCUCCGAGAUUCGCUUGCCUUUGAAUCUUCCCGGAUCCUUUUUUCGAACUUGGUGUAUAUUCUGCGCGUACCAGAAUAGAUCUUCCAUUGCAGGUCCUCAUCCGUUUCCGGAGCUCUGGACCUCAGACACAAUCGCUUCGUUUAGAGAUGCAGUCCAGUCUACGGAGGACCUUUGAUUGGGCUAAAUUAGUUACCGAUUUCUCGAAAGAAUCAGUCUAUCUGGAGGAUUUCUAUUGCCGGAGUAUGCACAUUUCAACAGCAGCAGCAGGAAACUCCAUCUCUCCGGAGAGAUUGUUGGAAAGAAUUAAAGCCACGAGGAAGAAAGUUGGCAUUGUCACAUAGAGAAACUGAAGAAGUCCUUCUGAAGCAUUUGCAACAACCACUAUACUCCCAAGUUCCAAUUCGAAGUGGUGGUUCGUCGUUGAAGAUUUAACCAACGACAUUUUGCAGCUGAACCUGCAGCUUUAUUCUUUUCCCGAUUUCAGUUUCCACAAAGUCCAAAGCUUUCGAAUUGGCACAAAACUCUUGGCUACAGGUAUUGCAGACUUGCGCCUUGGCAUCACUGGUGGCUGAAGAAACUGCUGAGGAUGAAACCGCAAUCCCUCGGAUAGAAUUUCCAAAACGUUGAAUGUGAUAAUUGUAUGUAUACUUUGAUAUUAUGAAGAAACCAAUAAGUUAUUUCAUUUUCAUAUUCCAUGACAUACUUACACGAUCGGGUGCAUGGAAAAUAUAUCAUGCAACCUCCGUGUCGGUCUCUUUUGAUGCAGCUUACCGAAAUAGCUCUCAGGCAUCAAAAGCAAACCAAAGAUAAUUUUCACAAA